AAAGGAGGGGAUGGAAAGAAUCUCCAGCAAACUCCUCCCUGAGCACAGAGCUACACCAUUUUGUACUCCCACCAACCCCGUAUGAGGGCUCCAAUUUCUUCAAAUCCUUAUCCACACGUGCUAUUUUCUAUUUUAUUUCUAUUAUAGCCAUCCUAAUGGUUGUGAAGUAGUAUCUCGUUGUGGUUUUGAUUUGCAUUUCCCUAAUGAUGUUGAGCAUCUUUUCAGGUGCUUGUUGGCCAUUUGUAGGUCUUUGUUUUGGAGAAAUGUCUGUUCAAGUCUUUUGCCCAUUUUAAAAUUGGGUUGUCGUUUUGUUGCUGAGUUAUAAGAGUUAUUUAUAUAUUAUAGAGACCAAACUCAAGAAAGAAAAAAGAAACAAAAAAUUUUCCCCAGAUUUAUUCUGGGGCACUCCUUCAAUGCUUUUCCAGGUCAUUUACAAUUUUGCCUUAGCCUUCACUUCCUGUUUGCGCUGAGCCUAGAGAUAAGCAUGAGAUGAAAGCUUAGGGUCUUCUCAGGUUUUUUCUGAGCAUUUGUCCUGCCCUGGGCAUGCACAUUGCUUUCUAAAUCCCCCAGUAUAUAUGGGUGCUUCUGAAUGCCCUAAUUACCCAGAGAAACUCUCACCCCAGCUCUUCCAACUUUUGGCAUGUCCAUUGUUGUGAAAAUUAAUAAAAGGAAACCUCCUUUAGAAUGAAAUCAGGAGAUAGAAGGGGGAGCUCUCACACCCUACCACUCAUUGACAAUUGCAGACCGCACCUGAAGAGAUGUACCUUCCAAACUGAUACUUUCCUACCUGACUACUACCUCAGCAGGAGGAAGAAAGGUUUUCUCCUCCUGGUAACAGCCCAGCCAAUGAGAGACUGACACCACUCAACCAAUGAAACAUCACUACACUUCCAACUCCCAGCUUAGUCCAAUGGAUUUCUUGUUCAUAACAGUCUUCCGGAUUUCCCCUUUCCUCUAUAAAAGUGUUCCUCUUGUUCUCCAGACCUGCCCAUGCUUUUGCCGCAGCUAGCUUGUCCUCAGUUGCAUUUCUCUGCUAUUCCUGAGUAAGCUCAUUUUUGCUGGUAAAAUCACUGGUUAAUGCUGUCCUCGAUUAUGAUAUUUUGCCCCAGGUGGCUGUGGGUUUUUCCCUUUGCCUUACAGUGUUUUCCAGGAAUGCAUUCUGAGUUCAACAGACAAGCACCUUGAGUCAGUGUCACAGGUAGCCCCCAGACAUGUUAGAACAGACAAAUGCCAUACUGCCAACCUCAGCAACCGGCUGUGGGAGCCCCAUACUGGGGACACAGGCUGCUGUCUUCAAGACCUCCACCACGCUGGGAAGGAGAUGAGGAAAGGGUGGGGAAAACACCACAGAGCUUUCCUGCCAUGUUCAAGUUUCCUUUUCAUUUUGAUUCGGUGUUCACUUGGUUGGCACAAACCUUUCCCUGUUUUCCAGAGUUCGGAUAAACUUGAUUCUGUGUUUGCUCAGUUCCUCGAAGUUUCUGUUUCUUGUUUCCUUCAAUUAAACAAAAACUAUCCCCUGUCCAGGUGUUCAACAAAUACUUACUGAGUGUCUGACGCUGUGAAUGAAACAGACUCUAUGUCCUCAUGGAGCUGCCAUCCCAGUGGAGGAGGCAGAUCAUACACAAGCAAGUUCAGCACUAAGAUGAUUGCAGGUAGUUAUGGGUACCACAGAGUAAAUGUUAGGUGGUAGGUGGAUGGCUCGUUUCACCUGGGUGGAGUCAGGGAAGACUUCCCUGAGGAGGCGGCAUUGAAUCUCAGACUGGAAGUAGAAGGGAGAGGAGGCAAGCAGAACCACGCUCUGGGGUCAGAAGGCACUCCGAGGGUUCCAGGGGCAGAAAGGAAGUAGAGUGUAGGGAGGGGAGUAGCCAGAGAAGAGACAGCAGCUACAAAGGCCACAUCCUGUAGUGUCCAUCUUCCCUUUGUACCAUUGGCCUACAGUGGGCCUGGGGUUCUUACAACCACAGGGAGCUUACCGACUAGCUUCUCGAGGCCAGGAAUCCCCUGCAAUUAUAACCAAAACAUUCUGAGAGUGUGUGCUGGGCAGUCUUUGUGUGCCCUACCAGAGCCCUUUUCCACCCUUUCCUGCACUGCUCUGUGCCCCCUGGAAGCUGAUCGCUACACAGCGGGUCAACUUAGCUGCCUUUUCCUCUCACAUCCAGUUGGGUUUGGCCCUGGUAGGGAGAUCUGAGGGCUGGAGGAGAGGAGGGUGUAGGUAUAUACAUUCUGGCUCCCACUCUGUUGGUCUGCAUGUCUCUACCAAAGCCUGCAACUUCAGUUCUCCACAAAUUCCACAACUCCCUCCCUAGCAACUUUAGGCCCAGGCUGGUAAUAACUUCCUGACCCCGGGGAGUCGCCAUCCCUUGCUGAUGUCCCUUCACCCUGCCCAUGAGUCCUAGUUGUACCUCUUCUGGGUGCUAUCUGUAUGAUGGCAGACUGAUACAGGUAAGUGUGUUUGUUUUUCUGAAUUCAAAAUUCCAGGUUAUAGAUUCCUGCACCAGGUUAAAUGCUGCCAGGAUGAAGUCCUCACAUUCAUCCAAGGUCUUUCACGCAUAUUACCAUGUCUACCUAGAAUGUCCUUUCCUUUGUUUCCUUCUCAGGCUUAUGGAGUCAGAUAACUCCUCCUCCCAGAAGCCCUCCCCGAACCUGCAGAAGAAGCUAGGUUAAGAGCUCCCCUUGGUGACUGCCUCCAUUAGAGCACUUCACCAACUGGACUCAUUGUCUGCUUGUCUGACUCUCUAACCAAACUCUGAGCAUCCUGAGGGCAGGAGUUUUUUUAUUCCUCAUGGUGUCCCUGGCACUCAGCACAGUUCCGAGCCCUUCGGGGAACUCAGUAAGCAGUUGGUGGAAUAAAUAAGCCAGGAAUCUCUCUUAACUCUAUCUUACACACCCAGGAGAGAGCAACAAAAAUAGACUGAAUAUUUUUUGGCUUUCAGGUUAGACAAUCAAGAAAUAGUUGUGGUUCACUGUGUGCCAACCACUGGGGUAGGCAUUGGGAAACUACAGGAGACACCACAGACCCACCCCUGCCCCCCUGGAAGGAAGAGAGCUGGAUGAUUUUGAUAAAUUCAAGCAUGUUCUGUAAAUCGCCAUGACCUAAUUUAGUGGAUAUUUACAGAAUAUUAUAUCAAGCAACUGCAGAGUAUACUUUCAUUUCAAGUGCAUCCAGAAUGUGGAUCAAGAUAUGCUGGGCCAUUAAACAAAGUAUCAAUAAAUCUCAAGGGAUUGAAAGUAUAUGGAGUGCAUUCUCUGGCCACAAAGGAAUUAAAUAAAAAAUCACUAACAAUAAGCUAUCAAGAAAUCCCAAAUGUUUGGAAAUUGACAUAUUUCUAAAUAAUGUAUGAGUCAUAAAAAAAUUCACAAGGGAAAUAAAAUAUUUCUAACUUAGGCACAAUAUGUCAGAGUGUGUGAGAUGCAGUUAAAGCAGUACUUAGAGGGAAAUAGAUAGCUUUAAAUGCUUAUGUUUGGAGAUAAAUUUUAAAAUCAAUGAUCUAAGCUUCCAUCUUGAGAAGCUAAGAAGAGCCAAUGAGACAUAAGGUAAAUAGAAGAAAGAAAAAAUAAAGAUAAGACAAAAAGCAAUGAAAUCAAAAGCAGAAAAUAGAAAUAGCAAAGCCAAAAGCUAGUACUUUAAAAAGGUUAAGAAAACUGAUUAACGGGCGCCUGGGUGGCUCAGUUGGUUAAGCGACUGCCUUCGGCUCAGGUCAUGGUCCUGGAGUCCUGGGAUCGAGUCCCACAUCGGGCUCCCUGCUCGGCGGGGAGUCUGCUUCUCCCUCUGACCCUCCUCCCUCUCAUGCUCUCUGUCUCUCAUUCUCCCUCUCUCAAAUAAAAACAACAACAACAACAACAAAAAACUCUGUGAAUGGUGUGGAGAGCCUUGUAAAAAAAAAAAAAAGAAAGAAAACUGAUUAACCCCUAGCAAGACUAUUCAAGAAAAGAGAAAAAACACGUUACCAUUGAAAGAGGGGACAUCACCACAGACCCUACAGACAUUAAAAGGAUAAUAAGGGAAUAUGAAGAGUUUUAUACUGAUAAGUUCUACAACUUAGAUGAAAAAGACAAAUUCUUUGAAAAUAUAAGCAUGCUGGGGCGACUGGGUGGCUCAGUCGUUGAGCGUCUGCCUUCGGCUCAGGUCAUGAUCCUAGGGUCCUGGGAUCAAGCCCCACACAGGGCUCCCUGCUUCGUGGGAAGCCUGCUUCUCCCUCUCCCACUCCCCUUGCUUGUGUUCCCUCUCUCGCUGUCUUUCUCUCUGUGUCAAAUAAAUAAAAUCUUAAAAGAAAAAAGAAAAUAUAAGCAUGCUAAUUUCAAUAAAAGAAAAUUACAAGGCACUGUAGUAUAAUUCAGCAAGGGAAUUUUUCUAAGUCCAGAGGGAUCUGGAAGGAUUUCCCAGAAGCGAUUUUUAAGCUGACACCUGAAAGAGAAAUGGAAUCUUACCAGGUUAAUAGAAUUGUGUCCCAGGCAGCAGAGACAGUAUGUGCAAAGGUCCUGACAUUGGAAUGAGCCUCGUGUAUCCAAAUAAAAAAAGUCCACCGUAAUGGCCCUUUUUUGUUGUUUAGUGACCACACACCUACAUCGUUUCCUGGUGUAAACCUCCAGGUGGACCUGCUUGACUUGAACAGAAAUGCUGAGACCAAAGCAAACUUACUGGAGGAAUUGGCCGUGAACUGUGGGCCGCGCUGGCCUCCGCCAGAUUUCCUGGCCAAACUGAGGAGGAGAGAUGCCCUGGACCGUCCUGCUCUUUACAGCCGGCUCCUUGGCAAUCCCAGCGCCAUCCAUCCUGCUGGUGCCCCCACACCCCAGCAGCCAAGAAGACCCCAUCCACAUCACCUGCGUAGCCCCUGGGGGCUUCCCAGGGGCAAAUUUCACACUGUACCGUGGUGGGCAGGUGGUCCAGCUCCUGCAGGCUCCUGCGGACCAGCUUGGGGUCACCUUCAACCUGAGUGGUGGUGGCAGGGAGGCUCCAGGGGGCACAUUUUACUGCCGGUAUGGUGUGCUAGGUGAGCACCAGCAGCCACAGCUGUCAGAGCUCAGCAAGCCCGUGCACGUCUCCUUCCCAGUUAAAGUAAAAAAUUUGCAGAAGAAAAGAGAACGAGAAUCCUGCUGGGUCCAGAUCAACUUCGCCACCACAGAUAUGACCUUUGAUAACUCUCUGUUUGCCAUCUCCAUGAAAAUGAACCCAGAAGAAGAUGCAGCUACUCUGGAUGCUUUCUCAGGCGCCGCCGAGACACCUGGCAACUCUGGGCCCCGGAAAAGGCCCACCUCCACAUCAUCCUCGCCUGAGCCCCCUGAAUUCAGCACUUUCCGGGCCUGCCAGUGAGGCUGAGGAUCGGGGGCCCCUCUAUGUCUGUGCACUCUCCAUUCAGCCCCCUCUCUUGAGGGCCUGAAGUCCCUCCUGCUACUUUGGGGUUUCUGGCUGCCGCUUUUUCAGGGAAUUGACAGGGGAGAUGAAGGGAAUCCUUGGCCUUGGGACCUUCCUUACAGAAAAGCAGGAGUAAGCAGAGGGGGCACAGACAUUGUCCUGGAGGUUGGACAGAAAGCAGGAAGACUCUUGUUGACUUCCCAGCUUCUCAGACCACGUGGGAAGGAGAUGUUAGGAUCUCUGUGGCCCCCAAUUGGGCCAUAAGAGGUCUGAGUCCUCCACAUACCCCUCCAAUGUCCUCCUCCCCUUUCCACAUCUGACUUGACCAACCCAACUGGGUUUUUGGAGCAUAGGGUACCUGGGGGUAUGUUCUGUAAGUCUGUCCUGCUGGCAUGCCUAAGUUAUUAAUUAUAACACGUGUUGAGCUGUUCCCACGGCCUCUAUGGAGUGUAAUCCUUCAAGCCCAGGAUUUCUGGGGUCUAAUCACUGGAUGCCUAGGGGGAGGGGAGAGGUACCCCUCAGGUGCAUGCAUUCAAGGGAGUAUAUGGGGAAGCCGGUGGGGGUACAGGAGGGGGGACAGUGUCACGUGGUGUUUGCUAAAGUCCUUGCAUUGGUGAGUAUAGUAAGUGGAAUGAUGGGGGCGUCAAUGAGGAGGUCAGAGAAGAGUGGGAGCUAGAGAAGGUGGGAAGCCCCGCAAUCCUUUUUGUACCCUCUAGAAGAGAAUGACGCCCUGAAGCAGUGACAGGGGGAAGAUAGGUGUGUGUGUGUGUGUGUGUGUGCAUGUGCGUGUGCACG